AUGACCCUCCGUGUUCAUGGCUCGAGUUACAGUAUGGCUGUUGGUGCGGGCGGCAGUGGUUCUGUUGUGAGUGGCAGUGGUGGCGGUGGCAUUGGCAGUAGUGGUGCUGGAAGUGCGGGUGGUUGUGGUGCCAGUGGUGCGGAAAGCAGUCGUUCUGUUGCUGCGGGCACCAAUGGUGGUGCGGGCGGCACUGGUGCUGCUACCAAUGCAGCCGGAAGUGGUGAGGGUGGUGCGGGCAGGAGGGGUGCCGGUGCUAUGGGCGGCAGUGGCGCUAUUAGUGCGGGCGGCAGUGACGCUAUUAGUGCGGGCGGCAGUGACGCUAUUCGUGCGGGCGGCAGUGGUGCUGUUGGUGCGGGUGGCAGAAGUGCCAGUGGCGUGCGAGGCAGGGGUGCCGGGGGUGCGGGAGGCAGUGGUGGUGGUAGUGCGGGCGGGAAUGGUGCGGGUGGUGUGGGCGGCGGUACCGACUGCCCUCCUCCCUCCUCCCUCCCAUGCCCUCAAGUCACCAUGCACCUACCUGGUCUGGCCUAG